AUGGGACUAGUCCUCUGCCAAGAUGUAAUUAUGAUUGCAAAGUCUGGCCACUACAUCAGCAAUUGUCCACAUCCAUGGAUAAUCUCGGAAUACAGUAGCAAUCCUCCAUCAUAUAAUGUAUGGCCUGAUGUUGUGGAAGCUAUCCGACAUGUUUACAUACCUAACCCUCUCAAAGCGGAAUAUGGAUCAUUUUUUGACAAGUGGGUAAAAGAUACAAGCAGAUAUGUAAGAAAAUGCAGCACAAGUAUGAAAAGCUGGUUGCGGAUGAUGAGACACAACAAUGGCAAGGCUCGGCCAAUGUUCCUCUUAACGUCUGCUUAUCAGGAUUUCGCUGAAGCGACGUUGAAAUUUGUUCUUGGAGCCUUGAAACAAUACAUUUCACAUUUUAAUAGGGAACGCUGGGAGGAGUUUUUUGAUUUUUCAAUUUUUCAUGCUGAGAAGCCCAUGUUCUUCAACAAGAAAAAUCCAUUCUAUUCCACAUCAGUUGACUGCAACACAAAAGUGGUUGCUGAUCAAUUGGAGGGCAACAGAAAGGUUCUCGGUGGAAACUUCACACAGCUUGAUAAACAUCUUCAACUCGUUACUGGAAAACAAAAUCCCAAAAAAUGUGUCAAAAAAUCAAAAAUCAGAGUUAAAAAACGCAACUCACGAUUUUCGUCGCAGAAAAUUAUAUUGUAA